AUGUCUCAAUCCAACGGUAUUGCUACGCUAUUAAAGGCUGAGAAAGAAGCUCAUGAAAUUGUUUCUCAAGCUAGAAAAUACAGACAAGACAAGCUCAAACAGGCCAAGAAUGAUGCAGCUUCAGAAAUAGAAGCUUACAAGAAGCAAAAGGAUCAAGAACUACAGGAAUUCGAAAGUAAAAAUGCAGGUGGUGUCGGUGAAUUGGAAAAGGAGGCAGAAUCUCAAGUUCAAGGUGAAUUGACAGAGAUCAAAGAAACAGGUUCUAAGAAACAAAAUGAAGUGGCAAAGUUGUUGGUGGAUGCUGUGAUUAACCCAUCGUUUGAGAAGCACAUCAAUGCCUAG